AUGAACACUCAUUGUAUAACCGAACAUGGUUGCACAAAGACUUAUGCAUCCUGUGCCAACUUUAGAAGCUAUCGAACAAAGUUGUUUGUUGCUGAUGCCGACGACAAGGAUUCAAUCGAGAUGAUGCUGGCUGAUGGACUCCUCAAGUGUUUCCACACCACUUGCUUCAACUUCUUCACCUCGCUGAAGUCCCUGUGUCAACACAUGUCUUCGACUAGAGCAGGGGACCAUCAAUGUGCAGACCGCAAUACCUGUCCAGGUUGUCAACGCAGUGACUUGUUGAUGACAAGGCAAACACUUCCCAGCGCUGACCAUCCGGCUAUCAAGUCCUACGUCUGUCUACACGAUGGCUGCUCAAAAGAGUUCGACAUGUUUCGUCAGAUGCUAGAGCAUUGCAAGUUACAGCAUCAUUGUCGAACAUACGCAGGCUGUCUCAAUCAACAACGCUACCGAACAGUGAACUUCAAGGCAGAUCCCGAUGACUUGGAGUCGAACAAGAUGUUGGUAGUCAAAAGUCUCAACAAGUGUCCAAUCUCAACAUGCAGCUCCUACUUCAAGAAUAGGGACGGAUUCAGACAACACUUUGAGCACUGUCAUCCAGGACUCGAUCUAUUAUGCAUGUUGCCACAACCGACUGGCCAGUCCGCUCCGACUCUGAAACGGAAACGGUCCAUGAAAGAAGUUGAGGAAGAAGAUGAAGAUGAGGAUGAGUAUGAAGAAGAAAUGGAUAUUUAUGUUGAUCAAGAUGAUGACGAUGGACACAAUGAAGAAGAAGAUGAAGGUGUGUCCCUCGACUUUACAUCAACAUCAUCAUCACCAACACCAUCCAACAAGGUGCCGCCAUCCAAUGACAACAUGAUUAAACCACCAGAGCUGUUCAGGAUGCGUGUACCGACAAAUAUGGGCGCAGAAGACACUUGA